AUGAAUAAUAUAAACCUGUGUGAUUUUGCAAAAGCUAAAGUUUAUUUAUGGAAAACAGAAAACACAAAUGAAAAUCUAUUCUUGGAAGUUUCAAAUAAAAUUCGAAGCUUAUAUGAAAAAAUAAACUAUGACGAUUUAUUUCAUCAUCUAUAUAAUUAUAUCAACUAUAUUAAUAUCAGUAAUAAUGAAUUAUUUUUACGACAUGAAGGUUUGCCUUAUCCUAUAAAUGGAAAUAAGAAUAGCCAAAAAAAAGAGGAUCAUAACUUUUUCAAAAUUUUUAAAAACCCUAAUUAUGUAAAAAGAAAUGGAAAUAUAUCUAUCGAUUAUAUUGAUUUGUUUGAAAAAAAUUUAGAAAUAAAUAAAAUUAAUUUCUUUUCAAAUGUAUUUAUAUCUAUUGGUAUACAUGAAUUAAGCGAUAAUGAUUUUGUUACUCCACCGUUUGAAGAUAAAGAAAAUAAUAAUGAUUCCAUUUCAGAGCAAACUACAAAAAAAGACAAAACUCCUGAACAAAAUAAUGAUGGAAAUCGAUGUGAAAAUAAAAAAAAAAUACAUAAUUUUUUUAGAAUACGAAAAAAAAUAUUAAAAUUAAUAAACUCAUAUAAUAGUAUAUAUUUUAAUAAUAGUUGUGUUUUUAUACAACGGGUUCUAAUUAUUCCAUCAUCAGAUAAAUAUGAUGAAUUUAUUAUGGAAAAAAUUAUGGAAAUAAAUGAAAAUUUCUUAUAUGCCAAUAGUACUGAAGCUAUGCGACCCUUUGACAAUAAUUCAUUUGUGUUUCCCUCCCAAAAUGGAAAUCAAAGUGUGGAAAAGAAUGUUGAAAAAGACCAACCAGAUGAACAUCAAACAAGUUCGGAGAAUAAACAGAACCUCUUUAAAUUUAACAUAAAUGACAAUGUGCAGGUUGUUCGAGAUUCUCCUUACUAUGAUAAAUCAAAUUUAGAUGAAGAUUCAAACAAAAAUUUAAAAAAAAGUGAAUCCAAAACACGUCAUGAUUUUGAAAAUGUUGAAAAAAAAACAAAAUCGGAAAAUACAACUUAUACUUCUGAAGUAGAUGGUAAAUCAUCUUUCCCAAAAAUAACGAAAAAAUAUUCAUCUACUUUUUUAAAAAUCUUCAACAAAAAUAUUGGGAAAGAAUAUAUGUCUCUAAAUGCUAAAUCCCCAUCUAGAAGUUCAGAGAGUUCUGGUGAAGAAAAUGUUUUAAUAAGUGAAAAGGAAAUACAAAGAAAUGGUGAUCCCAAUUUAGAUGCAAUCGGAUCAGAUGCAUCUAAAAUUAAAUAUACUAUUGACGAACCACAUGGAUCUACAAAAGAUCCAAAUAAUACAAACAGUUUAAAAAACAAAAAAGAAACUAUAUGCAAUAACAGUAAUGAUUGUACAUCUAAUUCAGAUGUAAAUAAUGAUGAAUCCGAAAAUAAAAAAGAUAAAGAAUCAGAAGAAGAAUUUUCUUUUAUAUCAAAUAAUAUACAUAACUUUAAAAUAAUCAUUUUUCUACCAUCAGUAAAAAAACAUUUCAGUAUACAAUAUAACAAAUUUUUACAAGCAAUAAUAUUAAAUAUUUUUUAUAUUUUUAUAUUUUUUUUAUACGACUUAUUGACUAAAAAAAAUAUAUGGGAUUAUAUGGAUAUGUUCCUUGAAAAUCUAAGUUAUGAAGUUAUAAAAAAUAAAAAAGACAACAAUGAAAAUACAUUUGAAGAUAAAAUAAAAAAUACAAAUAAUUUUAAUCUACUAAAUAAAACGAAAAAAAUUAAUUAUUUCAAUAGUUAUUCUGGAGUAUAUAAAUAUAGUCAAAUACAAAGAUUAGAAAAUUUGAAAAAUUUAAAUAAUUUGAAAAAUGAACAAUCAGAAAUAAAUAAAGAAGAUGAUCAUACACGAAUAAAUGCAAGAAAAUAUAUUCCUUAUAAUAAAAAAAAUAUAAAUAAUAAAGAUAUUCCACUUAAAGUUAGUUAUUCUGUUACUGAACAGAUGAGUGGUUCUAAUAGUAAUCCUAUCUUUGUUAAUUUAAAAAAAUAUUAUCUUGAUACAAAUGAUUCUAUAUCGUAUCAAACAAAUAAAAUGAUUCCUAAAGGUAGUAAUGAGAUGUAUAAAAUACGUAAAUCUAAUACAUAUAAAGAAAACUUUAUUUCAAAAAAAGAUAGUUUUUAUAAAAGAGAAUCAAAUGAAUCUGGAAGUUUACAUCUAAUACGUAACAAAAAUGCAUCUAGAAGUGCUAGUUACGAAAAUAAUCAUUCCAAUAAUCUAUCUCAUUCUGAUGCAUCUAUUAUUGAAGAAAAUAGUGAAGCUGAUUACUCUGCAUGUUGUGUAGAGGAUCGAAUAAGUUAUGACAGUUUAGAAAAUUUUGGAAACGUACAUACUGAUGUAAAAAAUGAGGAUAAAGAAUUUAGUGUGUCAGAACACAAAAAUUUGGUUGGAAAACGGGUUCUAAUACAAAGUGGAGAAAUCGAAGAAUUUGCAGAAUAUGAAGAAAGUGAUGUAUGUGAAAUAGAUGAUGAAGUUUCAGAAGAAAAUUCAAAUUCAAUGAGUAAUGAUAUUAUUGAAGAAAGAAAAAAUAACAUAUUUGAAAUAGAUGAAAAUUAUAAAUAUAAAAUAAAAAAAAAAAAAGGAGAUAUAUUUUUAUUAUUAGGAAGCCCAUUAGAUUCAAUUGAAGAAUAUUUAAAAUGUUUUGAAAUCUGUAAAAUAAAAAAUGAUUAUUUAUAUCAAGGAAAUAUAUAUUUUUCUAUAUCCUUAUCUAUAUAUUUAUUUAUUAAACAAAAUUGGGGAAACUUUUGUCGUAUGAAUAAUAAUGAAAAUUAUUUUUUUCGUUUCCCUGAUAUAAUAGAAAAUUUAAUUUUAGAAACAUAUCAAAAACUGUUACCAACCAAGCAUACAAAUUAUACAAACUUUUUUUUUGAUACAUCUUAUAGUGGUACAUUAGCAAAAGAUCGUUUAUAUAAUCUUGGGAUAGGAACAUCUAGUAAUAAUAAUAAUUUAAUUAGUGCAAAUUCUAUAAGUAGUGCUGCAUCUAUUGGUAUUACUUCAUUUGUAACGAACCCAUCUCAUUCGGGUUCUAUUGCAUCUAACACAGCACCAAAUAAUAAUAACUAUUAUUAUAAUAAUUAUUUAAACAAUUUUAAUCUAUACUUAUAUGGUCAUGAACAAACAAAUCAUGAUGGACAAAAUAAUGUUAAAAAAAAUAUAAUCUCCUUUAUUAAUAUGCUAAAAGAAAGUGAAAAAAGUGGUGAAACAAAAAAAAACAAAAUCGAUGAAGAAAGUUAUCUUUAUUCCAAUUCAAAUCAUGUUUGUUAUUUUUUUAAUUUAGAAAUAAAACAACAUAAUAUUUUACUUUAUUUAAUUGCUUUGAUAGAAUACAAAUUGAAUCAAGCAUUGUUGUCUUUGCAAAAAACUUCAUCUCAUAUAAGUGAAAAAAUUAAUUAUGCAGAAUAUAAAUAUUAUGCAUCUACUUCAAAAGUUACAAAUAAUGGAAUCAAAUCAUUGAUAGCACAAGAACAGUUUUGUGAUUAUUUAAUAUGCUUAUUAAAAUAUACAAUUAUGAUUAAUAAAAAUAAAAAGACUCAUAUAUUUUAUAUUAUAAAUAAGUAUUCUUAUAUUGCUGAACGAUUUAUCCAUAAUUUAUAUAUAAAAUAUUAUAUUGAACUAUUAUUAAUAUAUAAACAUCUUGGUGCUUUUAGAAAAUUUGCUUUUACAGCAUAUAUGUUAUGUACCUACUUCUAUCAAAAUAAAAAAUAUUAUCUUUCUUUUUUUUUACUUAAUAAUAUUCUUCCGUUUUAUAAUUUACCAAGUAUUUGCUCUUAUUCCUCUUAUCAAAAUUAUAAACAAAUUAAUCUCUGCAAAGUAGGAAAUAAUGACGAUACAUCUACUUUUCAAAUUGGACAAGACUACCAAAAAAUGAUAUCCAAUAGCCCCAAUUUUGAUAAUAAAGAAAAAAACAUUCUCUAUCAGUAUAUUAAUAAUUUAUUAUUUAAAAAUAAGUCUGACAAAUUUGUCAACUUCCCAAUGCAUUGGCUUUACACAGAUUCACAGACUCGCAGUUCUAGCGAUUCUAGCGAUUCUAGCGGUUCUAGCGAUUUUGACUAUUAUAGUGACUCUGAAUAUAGAUGCAGUAGGAAUAAGCCAACGGGAGAAAAAGAAGAUGAUAAAACAAUUUCCAAAGAAAUAUGCACUAACAAAUAUGAACAUCCUAAUAAGCAAUAUAUUUCGUUUGAGUAUUUGAAAGGGUGUGGAUAUGCAUGUAAUUUAAAUAAUUUAUUUAAUUUUUGCUUAAAACAAAUUAGCAGUAAAAGUGUAAUGAAUAUAAAUAAACAUAUAAAUAAAUUAAAAUUUUAUCAAAAAAAAAAAAAAUAUAAUAAUACAAUUCAUUAUAGUAUUCUUUAUUUUUUAUCGCAAAUUUUAAAAAAUAUGAUAUAUGACGAAGAAUAUGUUUUGGCAAAUCUAUUAUUCCUUCUAUUUUUAAAUAAGCAUCUAUCAAAACAGAUGCAAAAAGAAACAAUAAAUAAUAUAUAUGAACUAUUAAAUAAAAAAAAACAUUAUAUAUCAUUCCCACCAUUUGUAACUUUAUUAUUAGAUGAAGAAAGAAAAAAAAAAAAUAUAAAAUAUUUAAAAAAACUUUGUAAAAAUACUUACGAAGAAAAAGUGAUAGAUAAAAAUGAUUCUAAAUUAUAUGACACAUCAGAAGAUUUACCUGAAAAUUAUAAAUCUAAUUCAUCUUGUUUUUAUUUUCUAUCAGAUUCAAAUGAUAUAGAUGAUAACUUAUUUCAAACAGAUUCUUCAACAUCAAAUGAUUCCAUAAAACUUACAUCUACCUCAAAAGAAAUAGAUCCAAGAAAAUCGACUCAAAAGAAAGGAACACAAGAAAAUGCUAGCGAAAAUGUACAUAAAAAUGGUGAAUACAUUUCAAAAAAUAAACUACAUUUUCUAAGUGGGUUCACAGAAGGUAGAUGUGCGCCUCUACCAAUAUUAGAAAAUAUUCAAUAUCCAAAAACAAGCUAUAAUAAUGAAAAAAUAUAUAAAAAAAUGAAACCAAUAAAUAUAAAAAACCAAAAUAAAAAAGAUAAAGAUAUAUUUAAAUAUAACCCAUUUAAUGAAAAAGAAAAAAAUGUAAAAAUACAAAAUAUAUGUUCUACUAAUGAAUUAAAAAAUAUAAUAAUAACUUUAAAGAACCCAUUAUCUGUUGAUAUUGUUUUAAAUAAUUUAAUUUUAAUUACAUCUGGAGUAUCUAUAGAAAAUUACCCAACUAGUGUUGUAUUAUUAUCAAAAAAAAAAAAAAAAUAUACAAAUAUUAAUUUAUCUUUUAAAGCUAAAGAACCUGGAAUAUUAUAUGUCCUUGGAAUUUCUUAUUAUAUAAGUUAUUUACAUUUUGAUCAGUAUUUUUUAUAUGAUACUAAUCUUCUUCGUCAAUAUAUCAUGACCAACCCAGAUCCCGUCACUACAAUCCAUCCUUCGAUAGAACACCAAAAUGGAAAUAGGGAAAAUAAAACUGGACAAAAUGAAAAUGGACAAAAUGAAAAUGGGCAAAAUAAAAAUGGGCAAAAUAAAAACAAUCAACCCAUUUUUAAGCGAAAAAAAAAACUAUUAUUUAGCAACGUUUUAAAUAUGUCAAGUGUAUUCCAAGUCUUUGUUAUUAAUAAUUAUUUUCAUCUUGCAUCUGAAAUAAAGUUUGUCAACUUUGGAAAGUACAUAAAUAUAGAGUCAUUAAUAAAUGAUAAAGAUUGUCUAGCUAAUUACUGUAAAGCAGAAUCAUUUCAAAGAAAAAAGAAUACAAAUGAAUCACUUAACAAUCUAAAUAAGAACACAAAAUUAGAUGCACCCCUACUAAAUGUAACAAUGGAUAGCCAAAAUAAAGAACCCGAAAUAGAAUAUAAAGUCAAUGUAGUAGAUGCAGAAAAUGGUAUAAAUAAAAAUGACGCAUUAGAUGGCACAAAAAAAAUAGACUGUUUAUCUCUUUCGUCAUCUUACAUGACUGAUGAAAGUAAAAUGUCGUAUCAAAGUUAUUCUUUAGAUUCUUUUGAAGAAAAUGAAAACCGACGAUUACCUUUAUGGAGUUCCAAAGACAUUGAAAUGAAUCAAAAAAAUAUAGACAACCUAAAUAAUAAUAACUUUUAUAUUAAAAAAAAAUAUAGCUACCAAAACAGUGAAGAAGAAUCAAAUAUCCAUAUUUCAAAUUUUCCUGUUUCAUUCAAUCAAUAUAGAAUUGAAGAAAAAAAAAAAUCAAUGUGUUUUGAAAAUGAAAAUGAAAAUAUAUAUUUUUCAACUGAUGCACGAUAUGAAGAAAUAUUAGAAGGUGAAAUAAAAUUUUUAUGUUUAGUCUGUGAAAAUACAAGUAAUAUAGAUGUAAAUUAUAUAAAUAUAAAAGUAAGAUAUAAAAAUAAAUCUAUUGGAAAUCAAUUUAUAAAAUUUUAUUUUGAUAAAUCAUUUUAUAUAAAAAAUGAAAUUUACAAUAAAAAUAAAGACAAGAAACAAAGUCAAGUUUAUGAAGAAACUUAUCAAACAAAUUUCAAUGAAAACAUUUUUUUUCCCCAUAAAAAUGAAACAAAAUUAAAAGUUAAAAAAAACCAUACUUUAUAUAUACCUAUUAAAUGUACAGGAUCAAUAUUAAUUAAUGAAUGUGAAGUUGAUAUAAUUUAUUCAAAUUCGAAAAAUAGUUCAUAUUAUUCAAUUCAAAAAUUAAAUCUAAAACUAAAUGUUAAAAAAAAUAUAUCUAUAGAAAGUAUUUUAUAUUUUCCUUAUGUCAGCUUUAAUUGGAAUCAUAUACUAACUAAAAUUUUAAACUCAGAUUAUUAUAGAGCAUAUGCAAUAAAUAAAUUAGGACUCACCAAACAAAACAAUGAACUCAUAACAAAUUCAACUUUGGAUUCGUACAGCUGUUAUGAUAUAUCUAUAAUGCAAAAUAGUAAUUGUUCGGAAAUAAAUAAGAUCCAUCAAAAGGGAAAAAACAGACAAAAUGAUAAUGAAAAUAUAAAUAAAAAUUUAGAUUCUAUAAAAUGUACAUACAAUAAUAAUAGUGAUUACAUGAGUGAUACUAAUACAGCCAAACAGUAUCAAUAUCCUUCGAAUGAAAAUUUAAGCUUUUUUGAUAUGACUAGCGAAUCGUCAGAUAGCCAUUUUGAAAAAAAAAAAAAAAAAAAAAAUAAUGAAAAUAAUAGACUAAUAGAAAAUUACAACCAGUUUAAUAAAAUAAUUUAUACACAAAAAAGUAACUUAAAUAUAUGUACAGACAAUAAAUAUAUAUUUUUAGAAAUUUAUAUAAAAAAUGAUAGUGGAUAUGUUAAUUAUUGUAAAAGUAAAAAAUUAAAAAGAAGACCAACAUGUGUAAUUGAUAAAGAUAAUUAUUCAAAUAAAUGGAUUAUAUGGAUUAAAAGAUUAAAAAGAAAAAAAAAUAUUAUAUUUAAAAAAAAAGAAGAUGUAUUAAAAUAUUUUCUACUAUACAUUGAUUAUUAUGUUUCUCUAAUUUAUUCAAGACAUAAAAAAAUGGGAAUAUUAAGUAGUUAUAGUUCUUAUUUAAAUCAUAUUUAUAUAAAUAAAAAAAAAAUAGAAGAUUUCUUUUUAAAUUUUAAAACUACCCAAACAAAUCAAAAAUCAGAUGUUUAUCAAAAUGACACUACUCAAUCAUAUAAACAAACCCCAUUCUCUAAAAUCGAUACAAAUAAUGUAGACUUAUAUUCUACUUGCCCUAAAUAUAGAUCAUUACAUUCGGAACAAAAACAACAACAAUUUCAUGAUGCCAAUAAUAAUAUGAAUUCAGUUGAUGCUGACAAACAAUUAGAAAAUAAAUGUGAGGAUUAUCAUGAAACAGAUAAAAAGUUAUCGUUUUAUAAUAUUGAGGAAUAUCUAGAAAACUCAAAUGACAAUAAUUGUUAUUAUAUAGAAAAUGAAAAUUUUGAAUUAUUAACAAGUAAAUAUAAAUUGUUUGAAAAUAAUUUGGUGAAUGAUUUAUUUUAUCCAUAUAUUUUACUAGAACCAGAGUUCCAAAAUUGUAAAAAAAAAAAUAGUGUUAUUAUUCCUAGCUGUUCAAAAACACUAAAUUUUACAAAUAUAAAUAAAAUAGGAAUUAAAAAAAAUUAUUUUGAAACAGGAAUAAAUGAAUUUUUUAUAAUAAAAAUUUGGAUAAGAAAUAUGUCCUCUAUUGAUCUUGGACAAUAUACACUUUUUAUAUUUCCAUCAAAUUUAAAUUGUAUAAAAAUUAUUGGUACUUUAAAUAAGAAUGGAUAUCUUACUAAGAAUGAUGUUACUAAAGGAAGUAAAAAAAAUAAUUGUGUAGAAACUGAAAAUAUGCAAAAAAUUUCAAACGAAACAAAACAUCGUAAGCAUAGACAAAAACAAAAGUCAAAGGUUUCCCUUUUACAUUCACUCAAUGCUUAUUCCUUAUUUCCUGGCAAAGUUUUUUUUUACAUAGCCAUUUAUUUUCAUAAUUUCCACACACUAUUAUUUCAUCAUGAGCCAAUUCUCGUUACUAUUGUGUAG